AUGGCACCUCGAUGUCCCUCCAAAUCCCAAAUCACCUGGUGGAUGCGCGUCCGUCGCUUCGUCUACGACCUCGAAUCCCCCUUCCGUCUUCGACAUAGCCUCGCCCGCCUAAACCACCGUCAGAAACACCCUUUCCUCGCUCUCCUCCGCCUCCUCCUGCCUCUCCCAACAUGGCACUUCAGUCUCCCACCCCCGGUCCCCGUGAAGACCAUGCUGAAUAAUGUCCCGCUGCUUCAGGCCCGCAAGGCCCAAGCCGACCUCACCAACAUGCGAUCCAUCCCCCUCUGGCGCGCCCGCGAUACCCCAAUCCGAUCCCUAUACCGCCUCUAUGAGGCCCUCGUUGCGCGCGAAUUCUACGCCAUCGGGCCCGAGGUCGAAUACUUCUUCUACCAGUCCCGUCGCGCCUGGGCUAUACAUCGAAUUCCGGACCCGCAGGACCAGGAUCCGGUGCGCUAUGCCAUCCUCUCGUGUAUCGCGGAGGAACUCGCCCUCGCGUUCAACUGGCGGAUGAGUCUGGGUAUGCGCCGUGAUAAGAGUAAGCAUAUCUAUCGGAAGUCCUUUGAUGAUUUGCUUCCUCCCUUCACCGCUGAAGCCGCGCCCAUCUGGACCAAACGCGCUCAGCCAAUUGAUGCGGAUCUGCUGGUUGGAUUCCCGGCUGAAUUUUUGGAUGCUUCGGGGAGAUUGGUUCUUGAGGAAGGCGGGGAAAAUCCCAACUUUGCGGAGAGGAAUAUCGUCACCGAUACCGGUCACUUCUACACUGUCUAG